CGGGCCCUGGGGCGCUGCGGGGCGCUGUGCUGAGCUGCAGGGCCCGAGCCCCAGGCGGUCCCCGAAGAGCCGCGGGGCGGGGGCGAGGAGGAGGGGACCCGCGGCCAGUGGCUGGCCGCUCGCUUCCUUCCAGCGGACUUUUUGCCAAUGGUCCAAAGCGACAUGUCCAAGUCGCCUCCCACAGCGGCGGCGGCGGUGGCGCAGGAGAUCCAGAUGGAACUGCUGGACAACGCGGCUCCCGCGGGGGCGCUUGGAGCACAGUCAUAUGGAAAAGGAGCCAGAAAGAAAAACAGAUUUAAAGGAUCCGAUGGGAGCACAUCAUCUGACACUACCUCAAACAGUUUUGUUCGGCAGGGUUCGGCAGACUCCUACACCAGCCGUCCAUCCGAUUCAGAUGUGUCUCUGGAGGAGGACCGGGAGGCAGUGCGUAGAGAAGCUGAGCGACAGGCCCAGGCACAGUUGGAAAAAGCAAAGACAAAACCAGUUGCAUUUGCAGUUCGGACAAACGUCAGCUACAGUGCAGCCCAUGAAGAUGAUGUUCCAGUGCCAGGCAUGGCCAUUUCGUUUGAAGCAAAAGAUUUUCUGCAUGUUAAGGAAAAAUUUAAUAAUGACUGGUGGAUAGGGCGACUAGUUAAAGAAGGCUGUGAAAUCGGAUUCAUUCCAAGCCCAGUUAAACUAGAAAACAUGAGGCUACAGCAUGAACAGAGAGCCAAGCAAGGGAAAUUCUACUCCAGUAAAUCAGGAGGAAAUUCUUCAUCCAGUUUGGGUGACAUAGUACCUAGUUCCAGAAAAUCUACACCUCCAUCAUCUGCUAUAGACAUAGAUGCUACUGGCUUAGAUGCAGAAGAAAAUGAUAUUCCAGCAAACCACCGCUCCCCUAAGCCCAGUGCAAACAGUGUAACGUCACCCCACUCCAAAGAGAAAAGAAUGCCCUUCUUUAAGAAGACAGAGCACACCCCUCCUUAUGAUGUUGUACCUUCCAUGAGGCCAGUGGUCCUAGUAGGCCCCUCUCUGAAGGGGUACGAGGUCACAGAUAUGAUGCAAAAAGCAUUGUUUGAUUUAAAACACAGAUUUGAAGGGCGGAUAUCUAUCACAAGGGUCACUGCUGACAUCUCCCUUGCCAAACGCUCAGUAUUAAACAAUCCCAGUAAGCAUGCAAUAAUAGAAAGAUCCAACACAAGGUCAAGCUUAGCGGAAGUUCAGAGUGAAAUUGAAAGGAUUUUUGAACUCGCAAGAACAUUACAGCUGGUAGUUCUUGAUGCGGAUACUAUUAAUCAUCCAGCUCAACUCAGUAAAACCUCUUUGGCCCCUAUUAUAGUGUAUGUAAAGAUUUCGUCUCCUAAGGUUUUACAAAGGUUAAUAAAAUCUCGAGGGAAAUCCCAAGCUAAACACCUCAAUGUCCAGAUGGUAGCAGCAGAUAAACUGGCUCAGUGUCCUCCAGAGUUGUUUGAUGUGAUCUUGGAUGAGAACCAACUUGAAGAUGCUUGUGAGCACCUUGCUGACUAUCUGGAGGCCUACUGGAAGGCCACUCAUCCUCCCAGCAGCAACCUCCCCAACCCUCUACUUAGCCGUACCUUAGCCACUUCAACUCUGCCUAUGAGCCCCACCCUAGCCUCUAACUCACAGGGUUCUCAAGGUGAUCAGAGGAUUGAUCGCUCAGCUCCUGCCCGUUCUGCUUCCCAAGCUGAAGAAGAACCUUGUCUGGAACCAGUGAAGAAAUCCCAGCAUCGUUCUUCCUCCUCAGCCACACACCACAACCAUCGCAGUGGUACGAGUCGAGGCCUCUCCAGGCAAGAGACAUUUGACUCUGAAACCCAGGAGAGUCGAGACUCUGCCUAUGUGGAGCCAAAGGAAGAUUAUUCCCAUGAACAUGUGGACCACUAUGCCCCACAUCGUGACCAUAACCACAGAGAGGAGACCCAUGGGAGCAGUGACCACAGACACAGGGAGUCUCGGCACCGUUCGAGGGACACAGACCGAGAGCAGGACCACAACGAGUGCAAUAAACAACGAAGCCGUCAUAAAUCCAAGGAUCGCUACUGUGACAAGGAUGGAGAAGUAAUAUCCAAAAAACGGAAUGAGGCUGGAGAGUGGAAUAGGGAUGUUUACAUCCGCCAAUGACUUUUGCCCUUUGUCUCCCCCUCCCCCAACUCCCCUCAAACAAAAUCUUUGGGGUCUACAUUGCAAUCAUAUGUGAUCUGUCUUGUAUAUUUUAUAUUGCUGUUGCUUAAAUAGCAAUAGCAUGAAAUAGAGUAUUAAUAUACUUUUUUUUUUUUUUUUUGGGGAAGUGCUAUAUAAACUGGCCUGGUACAGCUGCAGUCCUCCGGUUGUAUACUAGACUCUUCAAAACCUGUUUGGGGUAGCUGCCACUUGAACAAAAUCUUUUGCCGUCCAGAAGACAUUAGUGUUUUAAGAAAUGUAAUGAUGUAUAUCCAGCAAGCCAGAUGCAGCACAGAUUAAAAAGUGGAAUUUCUUGGUUCUCCAGAUUUUUAAUACCCAGAUACCUGAUGGGCAUAUUCAUUCAUUCAUGGACCACUGUUUCUUGCUUGUACCUCUGGCUGACUAAAUUUGGGGACAGAUUCAGUCUUGCCUUAUACAAAGGGGAUCAUAAAGUUAGAUUCUAUUUUCUAUGUACUAGUACUGUGUACUGUAUAGACAGUUUGUAAAUGUUAUUUCUGCAAACACCUUAUUAUAUAUAAUAUAUAUAUCAGUUUGAUCACACUAUUUUAGAGUCUUAAUGCCAAGUCAGCAGAUUUGCUUUAUGAAUUACAGGGAUUAGAAACGCCCACAUUCAGGAAAUUUGUAAUAACAUUGUCUAGACACCUCUCCCCAUUCUAGAAGAAAGUCUGUAUAUAAUGUAAAUAUGUGUGAUUGCUUGACUUGAAAAAGUUUGAUUUCUGAAUGUUCUAUCAUCCUUGUAAGUUUAUAAUUUUAAUCAUAAAUUAUGGUAAAUAUAACCAAACUCCAGAGAUUGUUCUACUCCAUACAGUUCACACAGAUUGUGACAAACACAUACUUAGUAGCUAGUGUCUGUUAGUCACUGCACUGGAGUAUAUGAGCCGGAACCCGCUGUGUGCGUGUCUGUCCGUAAGAAUGUGCACGAGUGACUGAGAUGAAUUAAAAUGCUGAAGAUUAAUGAAGAAACUAAAGACUGCUAUCUAGAAUUCUCACCUGGCUUUGUACUUAAUUGUGCUCUAUGUUGCUUUAAUAAUCCAUUGAGAAGUCAGGGAAGGUGAGGAAGCUUGCUGCCAAAGGUAACUAGGAAAGCAUUCAUCUGCUGGCUCCUUAUUUUUGCUCCUAGAGAGGAAAAAUACAGGCAACUUUUACUGUGAGUGUUUCACUGGAAAUAUACAAUCUUUGUGUUAGAGUAUUUGUUUUAGUAAGAAACGUUUACACAGCUUGUGGAAGUAUUUCAUAGGAAAAUAAAUUUUUAUAACUUCUCCCACUUCAUUUUCUAACCUUGCCUAUUAAUCCUAUUGUUUAUCUCCUAGUUACCCAUCGUUCCUCCCACCACCAACUUGAACAGUUUCACUGUCUGUCAGAACCCAGAAGUGCUUCUUAUAACCAAAGUUUCUGCUCUUCAGAAGUUAUCAGGGCAAAAUGGGGUGACUUGAAGUGAAUGAAAUGUUAAUAUUUUCUUACAUCUACUCUGAAGGGGAAUCUAGAAGACAUUAUCUCCAUGCCUCAAUUAUUACUGUUGUAGGAGCUUCCAAUGCUAUUAUGCUAAUGCUAAAACCUUUUCUGUCUCUCAAGUUUUAAGAGAGUAUUAGGUGUGCAAAUACCUAGCACUUGAAGCUUGUCCCAGGAAAAUGCCUAUCUAUAAUUGCCUAACUUCAGAUCUGUACAUUUAUUUAACAAAAUAGAGUAUUUUUUGUUUUGUUUAAUCAUUCCAGGUUCUUGCCAAAUAUUCUUGGGUUUUUAUAAGUAAAAACUUACAUUUAAUUAUUUCCCCAAUACCACCUGAGUUUUAAAAUAAGUUAAUGUUUUAUCAGCUAAUAAGUGAAAAAUUUCCUUCAUAAUCCAUCUUCUGUACUAAUAAAAAUUCACAGAAAAACAGUAGUCAUUAAUUUUGAUGUAAGUUUACAUCAUUAAGAAGCCCUUUUCCAAUUUAAAUUGCUUUUCAAAAUAUAUUAAGAUGUUAAUCACCAAUCUAUUCCUUUCUUACAUGUUACUUCAUCCCAAUUAAUGACUUUGGAAUUCUUAAAUUCUUGAAGUAUAACUGGUAUUUAACUUACCUGCUGCUAUCAAUAGUGCUAAUAGAUUCCAUCUAUUUAAUUUUUGUCCCUGAGUCUUAGUUUCUCACUUUACUGUGGAACAUACUAGUGCAAAUCAGAAUAUUCCUCAAAUAAAUAUAUUGAAGGAUCUGACCUAAGAGCAUUUAUAUGUGAAAACUGUACAGUGGGCAUAUGCAUAAGUGUGUGUAGUACAUCUAUAAAUGAAGAAAAAUAAUCACAAGGACAAUGGGAUAUUUACUGACUUGUGGAAUGUAAAAUUAUAGUCUUUUCACAUAGCAGAGGCUUAAUCUUAACCUAUACAUUUAUACAACCAUGAUUUUUGUAGUCAACCUAGAAAAUGCUGGAAAUGUUCUUUACUGGUCUUUGUCAUACCCAUUUCAAUUUUUUCCUAUGCUCUUUCUCUACUGCUUAUUUAAGUUACUGUUACAAAAAGGUGCUGCUAAAUGUAGGAUGUCUUAGUCAUACUGUACUUUGGGACAAUGCCACAUUUUAACAUGGUCUGCUAUGCAUUCCUGUUAAACAAACAUGCACUGUCAGCUACACUGAACUGUUCAACAAACCUGGUUUAAAGUCGUUCAUAUAAAACAAAUAAAGAGCUGGCUUCUGCACUGUUUAUUAGUAGUAGUAUUACUUGCCAAUUUUAGGAAUGAUUUUUGUAGUUAAGAACUUGUUACAUAAUCACUACUUCUCAUUGUGAAGUAUCUUCCAUAGAAGCACUGCUAACUACUUGAUGUUCCUUUAUCCACUAUGCUGGAUUUAAAAAAAAAAAAAAAAAAAAAAAAUUCAAGGUAGGUAAAGGAUUUGUUAAGAUAUGAGCUACAGCACAGUAAUCUUCCUCCUGCCUUAAUAUGUGCAAGGAUUUGGGGAUUACAUUUUAAGAAGAAGAUUCAUCUUCUUGAUGUAUUUCACUUCUCAUCCUUUUUCUUUUGCUUAGUGAUGUAUUGCUACUAGUCCUAGAUGCUCUGCUUUUAUUAAAAUAGGAGUCACAUUGCUAGAGAAAACAGUUUAAUUUCUGCCAAAGUUUGCUUUUAACUAUUUGUACUUUGUUAUUUAAACUAAAAUAUGACAGGAUUUAAGUAAAAUAUACUCACUGUUGAAUUCAAGUAUUUUUAAAAGUUCAUUAAAAGAUACAUUUUA